GUUUGGGGUUUGCUUUACAAUCCAGGCGAUGGUGGAUACGACACAACGUUCAAUUGCGUGGACUCCCUGGACAACUAUUGGGAGCAGUAUGAAAACAAUGACUUGUUCGCCACCAUCAUGCGCGUUUCCAUUGCCGGCCUUAUAGUGCUUGUCGUCAUAACCCUUGGCUCCUUCAUCUACCUGCGGGUUUGCAAGAGGGAGAUCCACCCGCCCUACGACAUGGCAUACAAUAGUUCGAGCGUCCGAUCCACCCGAGGAGAUGGCCUCGUGCAGCCUGCGAUCACAAAGGAGCAGGUCGAAGCCGCUCUGCCGAUUGUACAGUUAGAAGAGGAGCAGACCUGCUCUGUUUGCCUUGACACAGUGGGACCAGGGGAUGAAGCGCGGCGUCUUCAGUGCCAGCAUGCAUUCCAUGCCGAGUGCAUCAUGACAUGGUGUUGUCACCGCGGACAACACGUGAUCGAGUGCCCCAUGUGCAGACAGCGACAUCAACCCACCAACGAGGCCAUCGCAGCACAAAAAAUGGGCGGAAGAACUAGCAGAUAA